UAACACAGUAACCUUGCUUUUACGACAAUAGAAACACAAUUGUGCAACACUUGCACAAAACAUGAUCAAAAGGUAUAUUUUUAUUAUCAUGAACAGGUCAUUUUGAACUUAAACGUAACAGUAAAAAUCAACAAUAAAAACGGUGUAAAUAAACUUGCAAACAGUGAAACCAUGCACACUCCUCAAUUAUUCAAGCCCUUUUCAUGCUGGUAACGUCCGCUUCGAAAAGUUGAGUAAAAUUUACUUAUUUUAUUUACCCGUGAAAUGUACUCAAAUUAGUGAAUAAAUCUGACAAGGUUUUCUAAUGUAAGACUGAUAUAUGAUGACGGAUUGUAAAGAUAUAUACAGUUAUGAUUACAAAUGUAGAAUUUAUUUAAUAUUUUCAAGUUCAGGCUUAAACUCAUUUAUUCAAUUUAGGAAGAACUUAAUAUUUUCUAGUUAUAUUUAGCCUACUUAAUUUUUUUCAGUGUAUGGUACGAUAUUAUCAUGAUGCAGUACAUGUGCAACAAACAUGGUAGUACUAUGGUACUUUUUUGUUAGAGUUAGUCUUUGGGAAUCUGGUUAUGGCGUGCAUUUAUGGCCGGGUCUUUUUGCCCCCUGACCAAAGAUCACAUCCUUGUACUGGCCAUGUUUGGAUUAGUGGAUUUUAUCCCCUUUUCUCCCAAUUUGGAAUGCACAAUUCCCAAUGUGCUCUAAGUCCUCGUGGUGGUGUAGUGACUCGCCUCAAUCCGGGUGACGGAGGACGAAUCUCAGUUGCCUCCGCAUCUGAGACCGUCAAUCUGCGCAUCUCAUCACGUGACUCGUUGAGCGCGUUACCGUGGAGACCUAGUGACGUGUGGAGGCUUCACGCUAUUCUCUGCGGGAUUCACGCACAACUCGCCACCUGCCCCACCGAGAGCGAGAACCACUAAUCACGACCACGAGGAGGUUACCCCAUGUGACUCUAUCCUCCCUAGCAACCGGGACAAUUUGGUUGCAUAGGAGACCUGACUGGAGUCACUCAGCACGCCCUGGAUUCGAACUCGCGACUCCAGAAUAGUUUAAAGGGCAACUCAAGCGUAAUGGCAGUAAACUCCAUCCACUGGUUCCGUAAAGGACUGCGUCUCCAUGACAACCCUGCUCUGCUGGAGGCGGUGAAGGGGGCCGACACCCUGCGCUGCAUCUACUUCCUGGACCCCUGGUUCGCUGGGGCAUCAAAUCUGGGCGUCAACAGGUGGAGGUUUCUGCUGCAGUCUUUGGAGGAUUUGGAUUGUAGUCUUCGUAAACUCAACUCCUGUUUGUUCGUCAUCCGUGGUCAACCGGCCAACAUCUUCCCCCGGCUAUUUAAGGAGUGGAAUGUUUCUCGACUGACGUUUGAGUGCGACUCGGAACCGUUCGGGAAGGAACGAGACGCAGCGAUAAAGAAACUGGCGUCUGAAGCGGGAGUGGAGGUCAACGUCAAGAUCUCGCACACGCUCUACGAUCUCGACAAGAUUCUGGAGUUGAAUGAUGGGCAGACUCCGCUCACGUAUAAACGCUUCCAAACUCUAGUGAGCGGCAUGAGUCCACCAGAACCUCCAGUAGAACCUCUGACCAAAGAACUCAUGAAGAACUGUGUCACACCUGUCAGUGACAACCACAGAGAGAAAUAUGGAGUGCCGUUACUGGAGGAACUGGGGUUUGACACUGAGGGUUUGGCUCCUGCCGUUUGGCCUGGAGGAGAAUCAGAAGCUCUGACUCGCAUGGACCGACACCUCGGGCCUGAAUCUGCUGCGGCGUGGCAGGAGAACUUUGAGCGACUGAAGAUGAACUCCAGUCCUCUGUUGGCAAGUCCGUUGGGUUUGAGUCCAUACCUGCGAUUCGGCUGUCUGUCCUGUCGUCUUUACUACUACAAACUCACCGAACUCUACAAGAAGGUGAAGAAUAAUGGAAACCCGUCCAUCUCGCUCUACGAUAAGAUCUUAUGGAGGGAGUUUUUCUAUACGGCGGCCACUAAUAACCCGCGCUUCGACCGGAUGGAGGGAAACCCCUUCUGCAUCCGCAUCCCAUGGGAUAAGAACGCACAGGCACUGGCCAAGUGGGCGGAGGCUAAAACGGGUUUCCCUUGGAUCGACGCGAUCAUGACGCAGUUGCGACAGGAGGGCUGGAUUCAUCAUCUGGCACGUCAUGCGGUGGCGUGUUUCCUGACGCGAGGAGACCUGUGGAUCAGCUGGGAGGAGGGCAUGAAGGUGUUUGAAGAGCUGUUAUUGGACGCAGACUGGAGCGUAAACGCGGGCAGCUGGCUCUGUCACUCCUGCAGCUCGUUCUUCCAGCAGUUUUUCCACUGUUACUGCCCCGUCGGGUUUGGACGCAGAAUUGACCCCAACGGAGACUACAUCAGACGUUAUUUACCUGUCCUCCGAGAUUUCCCAGCAAAGUUCAUCUAUGACCCCUGGAACGCUCCGGAGGAUGUGCAGAUCGCUGCCAAGUGUGUGAUCGGAGUGGAUUACCCCAAACCCAUGGUGAACCACGCUGAGGCGAGUCGACUGAACAUCGAGAGGAUGCGACAGAUCUACCAACAGCUGUCAAGAUACAGAGGACUCAGUCUACUUGCCACUGUGCCAUCCAAUCACAUGGAGGAAAUGAACGUGAAUGAAGCGAGAGGAGCAGCAGCGCCCCCUACACGCCGAAGGACACACAGGGUCAGGAGAGAGCAAAGGGGAAGUCACGAACAGCCCGGACCAAGCAGAACGCAACAUCCCACCGCGAAACACCAACACGCUCUAGGACACCGUACGUCGCCCUACGCCACUCAGAGCGAUCUGACAGGCCACGCCCACGAGUUCGCCGUCCCACAACAACCGGGACGUAUAUUUUGGCCGGUUUGGGGUGGGACAGGAAAGAGAGAAAGGGAGGCGGAGCAGGAUGGUUGCCAUGGUGACAAUGGCCCCUCCUCCUCCACUCUGAAAGUGCAUCGGCAAGACGAUGAGGUCAGUGAGAGGUCAAAGGAUAAGCCCGGCCUGUUGUGACCUCGAUCUGAAAAACAACAUGUAAAAGAACGUCAGAGCUAAACUUCUGUGUUUGUUUCAAGAGGGUGUGGCCUUCUCAUCUUAAGCCCCGCCUACUGAAGGAUUUGCAUAAUGCAUUAUAAACUUCCUUCUGGUGUCUACGACAGUAUUGGACUUCAGAGUAAUUAAAUUAUUUUAAAAUGUUUUCUGUCAGACUGUGGCAUAAAGGUGAUUUUACAAUUUUUAUGACAACUGAAUAUUGCAAAAUAAAUAGUCCCAAAUAUUGGGACUAGAGUUGUUAUCUGUUAUGUAAAUACUGUCUUCCAUUACAUUAAGAUCAAACAACUUCAGGCCCUUUCACACCAAAUGCAAAGCGAAUCGCAGAGGAAUGAUCUGUUCUGACCAAGAGAUUAAUAGAGAUUAUUCGUUGGGCUGAACGAAAAACUAAAUAUUUUCCAAGUUCAGUCUCUAGAGAAAUUCACAUUUAGUGUGAAAGGACCUUUAUAUAUUGUUAAAUAUAAAAUUGCGCAACUUUAAACUCAAUUGCCGUUAAUUUAUCUGACGAGAACGCCACAUUAAACCGAUUCCAAACUCACUCAGUAUUAUUGACCGUAACAAAACAUGUUACAUAGCGCUCCUCCAUCGCAUGAGAUAAACACACUUUCAACAUGUGUAUGUACCUGCAUCUGUUUCCAUGGUAAUAUCGAAGUCACAUGAUGUUGAUGCUUUGUUGAUAGGCUGUCGUCGUCUGGUCGGUUCGGACAAAUCUGGGUCCAAACUAUUUAUAAUUUUGAACAAAGAUUAAUGAUGCUGUAGACCGUUUCCUCUUCUGUAAAGUUGUUUCCUGUUUUGUUUUUUAAGAUGGAAAGGUUUUUGACUAUUUGCACAGUGUCUAGAAUCAGCUACUGUCUUCCAUCAACACAUGAACAUUCAAACUUCUUCACUGUACAUUAUUCAUCAGUCUUUACAUCUUUCCUUCUUUGUGAAGUCCAGCAUUUUGUAUAUGACAGUUGUGUCUUACGAAGCUGUACAUUUUUACCGCUUGCAUUGUCAUUUUUCUACAGAAUAUUCGUAGCUGUUUUAAUUUUUUAAGAGAAACCUGAUGUAUAUUGUACCAGCAUUUUUGUUUCCUAGUCUGUAUAUGUUAUUUCAUCAUUCAACAAAUAAAACUAUUUAUAUACACAAA